CGGGUAAUGUACGGGGGUUAGAGAAACUUUUUUGUACUGACUGUUUUUGUACUUGCGCACUGAGUUGUUCAAUACUUCAAAAUUGAAGACUUCCGGUUACCAUUCAGCGAGGUCCUUUCUUCAAAACGUCGAAAAUGCGGAUAUUGUUUGAUUCAUGUGUGAGAUAGAUACAAAUUGGCAGUCAUCAUGAUAGCAUCCCCUCUCAGUCCGCACAAUGCCACAACACAGCUUACAACAUUCAAAAGUUAUGUGGCUCUUAUCGCAGAUCCAACACCAGGCAUUGCGGAAAAGAAGUUGAAAGCAGCUCAAGAGCUCAGUGAAAAUUUUGAGACUGUUGUGUCGUCACCUCAGUACCCUCAGUUCUUAGCUGAUGCUGUCCGGGUGUUUAUGAAGAUACUAGAGGAUGGAGAGCCACAGUUUAUUGCAGAUCAGAACUUGCAGCAAUUACGCAAACUGCUUCUGGAGAUAAUUCACCGGAUACCCAGUAACGAGCACCUGAAAAAAUACGUGCAACAGAUUCUGUCACUUAUGUUCAAACUGAUAAAGGUUGAGAAUGAAGAGAACGUGCUGGUGUGUCUGAAGAUUAUUAUAGAGCUACAUAAACAAUAUAGACCACAGAUGAAUGAGGAGAUCCAAGAUUUCCUGAAGUUUGUGAACCAGAUCUACACCAAUUUGCCGACACACCUGAACAAGAUUUUUGAGCCUCGUUCUCAGAUCAAGGUGAAGGACGUUGCAGAAAUCAAUGUAGAUGCUCUGCUUCAGGAGACAUACACAGUUACCACUAUCAUGACUGACAAGAAAAAUGCUGAUAACCAGAGUGUAUCUUACAACAUUAUCCCAAAAGGUGUUCUAUCACUGAAAGUGCUAGCAGAACUUCCUAUCAUUGUAGUGUUGAUGUAUCAGCUGUACAAGCCAAACGUUCAUCAGGAGGUCGCCAACUUCAUUCCACUUAUCAUGAACACAAUUAUUCUUCAACCUUUACAGCAACACAGAUCACAUCCAGCCUUCAACAAGGAAGUGUUUGUUGAUUUUGUUGCUGCUCAGAUAAAGACCCUCUCCUUCCUUGCAUACAUUGUCAGAAUAUUCCAGGAGCAGGUACAGAACUACUCACAGAAAAUGGUUCAAGGUCAUCUCAGUCUAUUGUCCCUGUGUCCACAGGAAGUGGCCCAUCUUAGAAAGGAACUUCUUAUUGCUGCCAAACAUAUACUUGCUACAGAUCUUAGAAAUAAGUUUGUUAGUGUAAUAGACAAACUGUUUGAUGAAAGUAUUUUGAUUGGAAAUGGGUGGACAACAUAUGAAUCUCUCAGACCCCUUGCAUACAGCACAUUAGCAGAUCUGGUACACCAUGUAAGACAAGCCUUACCUAUGACAGAGCUUUCCAUGGCUGUGAACUUGUUCUCGAAGAAUGUUCAUGACGAGUCAUUACUCAGCAGUAUACAGACCAUGUCAUGUAAACUGUUGUUGAACCUUGUUGACUGUAUCAGACAGAAAAGUGAACAGGAAAAUGGAAAUGGACGAGAAUUACUGAUGAGAAUGCUGGAAGUGUUUGUCCUCAAGUUUAAGACAAUAGCAAAAAUACAGCUUCCUCAGAUACUCUCCAAAUGUCAGAAGCAACCAAACCAGACAUCCACAGACCCAAGUAAACCUGGAGAAGUGAAGACCCCACCAGCAACCACACCCACUGUGUCCAACCCACCUACAACCCCAGGGGUUGUACCCGAGACCCCCACAACCUCCGACGUAAAACCACCCUUGGGAAGUGUCUCUACAGAUAUAAAAGAUACAAAUUCUUCAAAAGACAAUGACAAGCCUCAGAACAGAUUUGGUGUAACUCCGAGCCAGUACAACACAUACUCUGUGGCUGACUGUAGAGGUCUAGUGAAGACUCUUGUCUGCGGGGUGAAGACAAUCACAUGGGGUAUUGUGUCAUGCAAAGCUACUGGUACAGACGUGACAGAUACGAGUUUAGUUCAGAACAAGCAGUUCCUGCCCAAGGAGACACUAGUCUAUGUUAGACUGGUGAGAUAUGCGUUACAGGCCCUAGAUAUCUAUACCAUUAAUGUGUCGCCUAGUGGACAGGCAGUGGUUCGACCAGCUGUUGUGCAGACAGUGAGAACCAAAGAGGAGAAAGAGGUCCUGGAACAUUUUGCUGGUGUUUUCACCAUGAUGAGCCCAUUCACCUUUAAAGAGAUAUUUGCGACCACGAUUGAGUUUAUGGUAGAUCGUAUACACAACAACUAUGCUCUACAGAUUGUGGCCAACACAUUUCUAGCCAAUCCAUCUACUUCAGCCACAUUUGCCACCAUAUUGGUAGAGUACCUGUUAGCCAGACUGGAGGAAAUGGGAAGUAACAUGGAGAGAAGCAACUUAUAUCUGAAGUUAUUCAAGUUGGUAUUUGGCUCGGUCUCUUUGUUUGCAAAUGAGAAUGAACAAAUGUUAAAGCCACACUUGCAUACUAUAGUGAAUCGUUCCAUGGAGUUGGCAAUGAGUGCCAAGGAGCCGUAUAACUACUUCCUCCUGCUCCGAGCUUUGUUCCGAUCUAUAGGAGGUGGCAGCCAUGAUCUGUUGUAUCAGGAGUUCCUUCCCCUGCUACCUAAUCUUCUACAAGGUUUGAACAGUUUACAAAGUGGAUUACAUCGGCAGCACAUGAAGGAUCUGUUUGUAGAACUAUGUCUUACUGUUCCCGUCAGGUUGAGCUCCUUAUUGCCAUACCUACCCAUGUUGAUGGACCCCCUGGUGUCAGCCCUGAAUGGGUCUCAAACUUUAGUCAGUCAGGGUUUGCGAACACUAGAGCUGUGUGUAGACAAUCUGCAGCCAGAUUUCUUAUAUGACCACAUUCAGCCGGUUCGUGCAGAGCUAAUGCAAGCCUUGUGGAGAACACUACGAAACCCUGUGGACAAUAUAGCUCAUGUAGCAUUCAGGGUGCUGGGAAAGUUUGGGGGUGGUAACAGAAAGAUGCUUAGAGAACCACAAACAUUACAAUUCAAUGACAAGGAGACAGUGGGGCCAUGUAUUUCAAUCUACUUUCAAGAUUGUAAGACUCCUAUCUCCCUGCCUGUGGAGAAGGCUAUUGAUGCUGCUUUGACGGCCCUCAAGUGUAGCAGUACGGACACAUACUACAGACGUCAGGCCUGGGAACUCAUCAAAUGUUUUCUCGUCUCUGUGAUGAAUCUAGAAGAUGAUAAACCAACCCUAGAUAAUCUGUUUAAUCAUCCUAGCUUUGCAGAAAAAGAAAUUCCUGCCCAAAACAAUCAGUUAUAUAAGAAUCCUGAUGCCCACUCCAGGAAGGUCCAUGAACAAGCUCUUACAGGAAUGUUUGUUGCUGCAGCUAUCAAGGAGUUGCGUCAGUCAGCUCUGAGAUUCAUGGGUUGUAUGGUAAGGCACUAUACAAUGAUAGCAAUAUCCCAGCAGUGCGGGCCAUUCCCAGUGGGUGAGAGACAGAAUAAGCUACAGGGUAUGGACACGCAGAUACUGAUAGAUGCUCUGGCAGUCAUCAUGGGGCACGAGGAAAAGGAGCUGUGUAAACCUGGAAACCUUGCACUUGUUCUUAUCCUUGAUACUGCAACGACAAUAUUGGGUUCAAAAGAAAAGGCCUGUCAACUGCCAUUGUUUGAAUACCUGGUAGAGAAGAUGUGUUCACUGUGUUAUGAUAGAGCAUGGUAUGCCAAGUUUGGAGGUUGCCUUGCUAUUAAAUCGAUGAAUGAGCGUAUGGCCCUACGUUGGGUGCUGGAACAUCAGUUCCAUUUCCUGAAAGCUUUGUUCUUUGUCAUGAUGGACCUGACUGGGGAGGUAUCCAGCGGGGCAGUGGACCUGGCCAAAUCAAACCUAGACUCGAUGCUCACAAUGUGUGCUAGAAAGCUAGAAGGAGAGAAUGCGAGUGAAGAAAUGUUAUAUGUUCAGAAAAAAUCCUUCCAUGAUGUGACUUAUGAACUUGUGCGACAGGUGACAUCACCAAAUACGACUGUCAGAGAAACUGCAAUGAAGUCAUUGGAGACGCUUGCCCAGGUGACCGGCCAGUCUGUCACGGCGAUUAUGGAACCACAUAAAGAGGUUCUGCAGGACAUGAUUCCUCCAAAGAAACAUCUGUUGAGACACCAACCAGCUAAUGCCCAGAUUGGGCUCAUGGAUGGUAAUACAUUCUGCACAAGUUUGAAUCCCAGACUGUUCACAAUAGAUCUUAGUAUUACAGAGCACAAUGUAUACUUCUCAGAGUUACAAAAUUUGUGUGAUGCUGAAGACUCAGUGUUACUGAAGUUACCAUGUUACAAGUCAGUUACCAACCUGUUACCUCUGAGGAAAAGUGCUCUCAGAGCAUUGGCAGCUUGUUCUUAUAUCUCCACUAAGAGAGAGAAGAUAUUUCAAGUGUUGUAUAAAGCCUUGAACAGUAAAACCAGUGAACUACAGGAGGUUGCUCAUGACUGUAUGAAAAAGUUUAUUGCCAGCGGUCAUAUAGAGAUGGAGAUAGUUCAUGGUGCUAUGCGACCCCUGCUGCUGAUGCUUGGAGACUAUCGUAACCUUGACCUUAAUGUGAUCCAGCGUCUGUCCAGUCUGACACAACUCUUCCCCAACACUUUCAAUGAGAAGCUGUGUGAACAACUGUUGACACAUUUGAGGAAGUGGUUAGAGAUAGCUCAACAAAGCCAGAAGUCAGGUCAAGUUCGAGCCACUGGACAAGAACUGAAGAUUUGUGCUGCCAUCAUCAACAUAUUCCACCUGAUACCAGCAGCCAGUAAGAAAAUGAUUGAACCUUUAUUGAAGGUUGCUUUGCUUGGAGAAAAGUCACUCUUAAUGGAGCCUGGAAGUCCUUUCCGGGAGCCAUUGAGGAAGUUCCUGGUACGUUACCCAGUUCAGACAGUAGAUUACCUGAUGAAUGAUACAAACAUCAGAGAUAUGCAGUACCUCAGAUACUUUGUGUACCUACUGGGCCACAAAGACGGUCAGCCAUUCAGAGAUGUGAUGAAAACACAGGUGCUUAAACUGGUUUCCAUGCUUACAGGAAAUGCACAGGCUCAGCUUACUUUGACAAUAAAUCAGCAUCAACAGAGUGUGACACCUGCUGCACGAGGAGAACUCGAGUACCAGGGUAUAGUUCUAACACAUACACUCAUCAGACAUGAGGACGAAUGGUUGUCUAACCAUCCUCAGUUGGUAACAUGUUUGAAGAAGAUCUGGGUGACAGAUGAAUUUCAAGCAGAUAAAUCUGUACAGGAUAUUACAGACUACACACAUUGGAAAGUCCCAUCCCUGGUUGUGAAAUGUUUGCUGAAUUAUUUCAAGCAUAAUGUGAAUGAGAUAGAGCUGCUGUUUCAUAUACUGAGAUGUUUCACAUCAAGACAUGUUCCACAGUACCAGUUUGUGAAGGACUUCCUGGACAACACUGUUGCUGCAAGUUACUCUGUGGAUUGGAAGAGGAAGGCUUUCUUCAGAUUUGUGGAAGUUUUUCAUGAUGCUUCAUGGAAUCAAAUCCUCAAAGCUAAGAUUAUACAGUAUGUUCUCCUACCUUGCUUCCAACAGUCGUUUGAAUCGGGAGAUGGUGAGAAAUUGAUUGGUGGACCAGCUCAACCGGACCAGGAUAAUCCGGAUAACAUUGUCAGUGUGUUUAUUAACAAGGUUAUAGAUCCAGAAAAUCCAUUCGGGAAUUCUGAUGCUGUGAGGAUAUUGUUACUUCAGUUCUCAUCACUUUUGGUGGAACAAGCUGCUCCACAUGUUCACGAUGCUGCCAAUAAAAAACAAGGUAACAAGCUGAGGAGACUGAUGACCUUUGCCUGGCCGUGUUUGUUGAUGAAGAACUGUAUAGACCCUGCUACAAAAUAUCAUGGUCAUCUUCUACUGUCGCACAUCAUAGCAAAGUUUGCUAUACACAAGCGUAUUGUCCUACAGGUGUUCCAUAGUUUACUGAAGGCCCAUGCUGUAGAAGCUAGAGCUGUAGUCAGGCAGGCACUAGAAAUACUUACACCAGCCAUGCCUGGUAGAAUGGAAGAUGGAAAUGGAAUGUUGACCCACUGGACCAAGAAGAUUAUAGUAGAAGAUGGUCAUUCUGUUGCCCAGCUGGUACAUAUACUACAGCUGGUGGUCAGACAUUUCAAGGUGUAUUACCCCGUCAGGCACCAUCUCAUACAGCACAUGGUGAACUCCUUACAGAGACUGGGCUUUACACAGAGUGCAACAAUAGAACAUCGUAAGCUUGCAGUAGAUUUGGCGGAGGUGAUAAUCAAGUGGGAAAUACAGAGAAUUAAGGAGGACAAUGAUCCAGCUGAUGGAUCAGGUGAUGCCACUCCUGGGUCAGUGAAGAGGGCCGGCUCAGUUGACCCACCAGGUGAGGUGAAGAAGGCUCGAUACUCAUCUGGUGCCGUGGGAAGCCCAGAUCCAGCCACAAAGUCCAUUGAGAGUAGCAAACCUAUAGAAAAACAGUACUGUGAUGCGGUUGUGAAUUUCCUACUAAGGAUAGCCUGCCAGGUGAGUGAGGUAGCAGGUUCACCAGGAGAGGUGCUGUCAAGAAGAUGUGUGGCCCUGUUGAAAAUGGCCUUGAGACCGGAUGUAUGGCCGAACACAGAGUUGAAGCUGGCGUGGUUUGAUAAACUUCUGAACACUGUAGAAAGCCAACAGCCAAAUUUCAACAACAUAUGUACAGCAUUAGAGUUAUUGUGCUUCCUUCUAACUAUACUGAAAAAAGAACAGAUACUGGCCAGCUUUAAGCCUCUGCAAAGAGGGAUAGCUGCCUGCAUGAACUGUCCUAACACAAAGGUUAUACGAGGAGUACACAGUCUGUUGUCACGACUGAUGAGCUUUUUCCCGACAGAACCAGUAAACUCUAAUGUGGCAUCAAAAUAUGAGGAACUGGAAUGUCUGUAUGCAUGUGUCAGCAAGGUGGUCUAUGAGGGACUCACUAAUUAUGACAAGGCAACAAAUGGAUCAACAUCCCAGUUGUUUAGUACACUGAUGAUAUUGAAAGCAGCAUGUAUACACAACCAGUGCUAUAUAGACAGACUGAUCACCACUUUUAUGAAAGUACUGACCAAAAUGGCCAGAGAGCAUCUACAACCUAGCACUACUGAGGCUAGCCCAGUUGCGAGUGAACUUCUCAUACUCAGCCUUGACCUAGUGAAGAAUCGGGUCGUUGUCAUGUCGAUGGAAAUGAGGAAGAGUUUUAUAGGUCAGAUCCUGGUCGGCCUUAUUGAGAAAACUCCGGAUAGUAAAGUAAUGAAGGCUAUCACAAAAAUGGUUGAAGACUGGGUCAAAACUAAGGGAACAAUCGCCUUGAAUCAGUCGCCAUCUAUCAGAGAAAAGGCCAUCUUGCUGGUUAAACUGAUGGUACAUAUAGAGAAAAGAUUCAGUGAUGAUCAGGAACUAAAUGCACAAUUUCUAGAACUUGUCAUCUACAUCUACAGGGAUGAAGGUCUGAGUGGGACAGAAUUGACAACAAAAUUAGAACAGGCUUUUCUGGCUGGUCUCAGAUGUCAGCAGCCACUCAUCCGUGGAAAAUUUGUAGAGGUUUUCAACAGCAGUAUUCCUCGUAGAGUGUUUGAGAGACUACUCUACAUAACAUGUUCACAGAACUGGGAACUGAUGGGUGGACACUUCUGGAUCAAACAGUGUAUUGAGUUACUGAUGUCAGUAGCAGUGAAUGGUCACACGAUACAGAGUUCCUCGUCCUUGAACCUGCUACCUUCAGCCAGUAGUAUAGUGAGCCUGGCAGACAGUCAGGAUCGUGCUCACUUUGCCACCAUCAUGAAGAUGAAAGAGGAACCUAUGGACAUUGAGACUUUAGACUCAAAUAAGGAAGAUGAUGAAAUAGAUAUAGAACUUGGUGUUGCCUCUGAUGAAACAACACAGAAAGAAUCUCCAAAGAAAGAAAUUCAGGACCCAAAACAGAACUUACAGACAUUGCUGCAGAGACAGGCAAAGUUCCUGGAGAAUUGUAGGGAAGUCAAGACUGUUCAGUAUUUGGGGGCUUUAAGCCAGUUAUGUCACAGCUCGACUGAUCUCAGCCAUAUAUCCUGGAUGGAUUUAUACCCGAGGAUAUGGAAGGUUCUGUCUGAAAAACAACAACAGAUGCUUGGAGCAGAGUUAGUUCCCUUUAUGUGUAGUGGCAGUCAUGUUGUUCAGAAGGACUGCCAUCCAAGUGCAAUACACACAUUUGUGGAGAGUCUAGCCCUCUGCGUUCCACCUGUACCUAUCAGACCAAGUAUACUCAAGUAUUUGGGUCGGACACAUAACCUCUGGUACAGAUCUUGCCUACUGCUGGAACAGAUAGCAUUUGAUAAUGCUCCAUCAGGGCUAGUGAAGAGAGGUGGAGCCAGUGAAUACGAGUUUGAACCCUCGGGUUCCAAUGCUCCUGGACAGGAGACACUAGAUGGUCUGUGUGAUCUGUAUUCUCUGCUAAAAGAAGAGGACAUGUGGGCAGGACUUUGGCAGAAGAGAGCAAAGUUUGCCGAGACAAAUACGGCCAUAGCUUAUGAACAGCAUGGAUUCUUUGAACAGUCACAGAGUUCUUAUGAAGCUGCCAUGGCUAAAGCUCGUUCAGAUCACAAUGCUGGAGCAGCUUCUCCAAGCAUCAUACCAGAGUAUAGACUGUGGGAGGACCACUGGAUAAGGUGUUCCAAAGAGUUAAAUCAGUGGGACCACCUGUUAGAGUAUGCUAAUUCUAAGGGAAACACAAAUCCUCACCUGGUAUUAGAGAGUGCAUGGAGGGUCCCUAACUGGGCCCUAAUGAAAGAUGCCCUGUCACAGGUUGAACUGAGUUGCCCGAAGGAAAUGGCCUGGAAAGUAAAUUUGUAUAGAGGGUAUAUUGCUAUCUGUCACCCUGACGACCAUCAUUUAAACAUGGUAACUAUGAUUGAGAGACUGGUUGAACUGUCAAGUAAUUUAGCAAUUAAAGAAUGGAGAAGACUUCCCCAUAUUGUCACACAUAUACAUGUACCACUGUUACAGGCUGCCCAGCAGAUCAUGGAGUUACAGGAAGCUGCCCAGAUUAACCAGGGUCUUCAACCAGCUAACAUUACCAGGAGUACAAGUUUACAUGACAUGAAAGCUAUUGUCAAAACUUGGAGGAAUCGCCUUCCAAUGAUAUCAGAUGACCUAUCACACUGGAGUGACAUAUUUACCUGGAGACAGCAUCACUAUCAGUUUAUUGUAAAUCACUAUGAUACACAUGCUGCACAAGAUCAGCAAAACAAUCAUUCCAUGUUGGGAGUACAUGCCUCAGCACAAGCUAUCAUUCAUUUUGGUAAAAUUGCUAGGAAACAUAACUUGUCGGGAGUCUGUCUCGAUUCACUUAGCAGGAUCCACACAAUACCAAGUGUGCCAAUUGUGGACUGUUUCCAGAAGAUCAGACAGCAGGUCAAAUGUUACUUACAGAUGGCAGGUUCUAUGGGCAAACCAGAGUUAAAUGAAGGACUAGAGGUUAUAGAAUCCACAAACCUGAAAUACUUCACAAAGGAGAUGACGGCAGAGUUUUAUGCCCUGAAGGGUAUGUUCCUGGCUCAGACUGGGCGCUCAGAUGAUGCCAACAAGUCCUUCUCGGCAGCUGUACAGAUGCAUGAUACACUGGUAAAAGCCUGGGCUCUAUGGGGCGAUUACCUUGAAUCUGUAUUUACCAGAGACAAGCAAAUCAAUCUUGGAGUUUCUGCUAUUACGUGUUUCCUUCACGCUUGCCGUCAUCAGAACGAGAGUAAGUCGAGGAAGUACCUGGCUAAAGUUCUCUGGCUUCUCACUUACGAUGAUGAGAAAUCAACUCUAGCAGAAGCUGUGGACAAAUAUUGUGUGGGAGUUCCACCUGUGCAGUGGUUGCCAUGGAUUCCACAGUUGCUAACAUGUCUGGUGAGAAACGAGGGUCGACUCAUUAUGAAUUUGUUGAGUCAGGUCGGAAGAAUGUAUCCUCAAGCAGUUUAUUUCCCGAUAAGAACUUUGUACUUGACCCUCAAAAUUGAACAAAGAGAAAGGUACAAGAGUGGAGAGAUGACAUUGAGCAGGAGCAAUUCUCAGGUUGCCACAACAACAAGUUCUGGAUCGUCUGGUCAGAUAAUGUCCCCCACAACACCUGGACUGGUUGUGCCAACAACACCAGAACCUACACUCUCUGUAUCAGACCCUACCAGCUCGGCUCCCACAACCUCUUCAACUACACCAACAACAAGCAGUAGUGGUUCGUCAUCAGGUCGAGGCUCGAGUCAGUCUGAUGCAGGUCCGAUUCGUGCCCCAGCUCCGAUGUGGAGAUGCAGCAGAAUCAUGCACAUGCAGCGCGAGCUUCAUCCAACCAUUCUGUCAUCCCUGGAGGGCAUUGUGGACCAGAUGGUCUGGUUUAGAGAAAACUGGUAUGAAGAGGUACUGAGACAGCUACGCCAGGGUCUUGCCAAAUGUUAUGCUGUUGCCUUUGAGAACAGGGCCUCAGUUGCUGAUGCCACAAUAACUCCACACACUCUGAACUUUGUGAAGAAGUUGGUCAGUACAUUUGGAGUAGGUAUUGAGAAUGUUUCUAACGUGGUAACCACAUUCUCUAGUGCAGCCUCCGAGUCCCUGGCACGGAGAGCCCAAGCAACGGCACAGGAUCCUAUCUUCCAGAAAAUGAAAAGCCAGUUUACCACGGACUUUGAUUUCAGUGUACCAGGCUCAACCAAACUUCACAAUCUCAUCAACAAGCUGAAGAAAUGGAUUAAAAUCUUAGAAGCCAAGACCAAGCUUCUACCAAAGUCAUUCUUGAUCGAGGAGAAGUGCAGAUUUUUGAGUAAUUUCUCCAACAACACAGCUGAAGUGGAACUGCCUGGUGAAUUUCUUCUUCCAAAGCACAGCCACUACUAUGUGAGAAUUGCUAGAUUUAUGCCUAGAGUUGAGAUAGUUCAGAAGCACAACACAGCUGCUAGGAGACUGUACAUCCGAGGCCAUAACGGAAAGAUUUAUCCAUACCUUGUUGUGAAUGAUGCUUGCCUGACGGAGUCUCGCCGUGAGGAGAGAGUGCUCCAACUGCUGAGAAUGUUAAACCAUUUUUUGACCAAACAAAAGGAGACGAGUAGACGUAUGCUGUAUUUCACAGUACCGAGAGUUGUGGCGGUAUCUCCACAGAUGAGACUUGUAGAAGACAACCCCGCCUCUGUUUCUCUUCUUGAUGUCUACAAACAGAGAUGUAACAAGAGAGGAAUAGAACAUGAUGCACCUAUUGCUAGAUAUUAUGAGAGGUUACUUACUGUCCAGGCCCGGGGAACUCAGGCCAGUCAUCAAGUAUUGAGGGAUAUUCUCAAAGAGGUACAGAACAACAUGGUUCCUCGAGGCCUGCUGAAAGAAUGGGCCCUACAUACCUUCCUUGAUGCAACAGACUAUUGGAUAUUUAGGAAAACUUUUACAGUACAGCUAGCAUUGAUGGGGUUUGCAGAGUUUGUAUUACACCUUACAAGAAUGAACCCAGACAUGAUGUAUCUACAUCAAGAUUGUGGCUAUAUCAACAUCUCAUACUUCAAGUUCGAUAUAGAUGAUCAGUCAGGAGACUUAGAUGCCAAUAGACCUGUACCAUUUAGACUGACCCCUAAUAUAGCAGAGUUCCUGACCUCUACAGGGGUCACUGGACCUCUCACAGCUUCGAUGAUAUCAACAGCAAGGUGUUUUGUACAGCCCCAGUAUAAACUGCCAAGUUUCCUGCGAGCCAUACUCCGGGAUGAGUAUAUCACAUGGCAUAAAAAGAAACAAGAGGAGGUAAAUCCUGGUACAGAGCCAUCAGAAAUGGAAGGGGAACAACUCAUCACUAUGGUGAACAAAGCUGUAUCUGCUAUAACAACGAGGCUGCAGAAUUUAGCAACAUUUGAAGGAGCAGAGAGUAGAGUAAACACACUUGUAGCAGCAGCAAACAGCCAUGAUAAUCUCUGUAGAAUGGAUCCAGCCUGGCACCCCUGGUUAUAAAGUGGACACAGCCUUACAUCCCUGGAUAUAAAAUGGACCUAGCCUUACAUCCCUGGUUAUUAAUGGAACCAGUCUGGCAUCCCUGGUUAUAAAUGUCCUGGUGAUCACCUGGCACUCCUGUUUUUAAAAUAGAACACUUUAAAAUGAAUUUUGCCUGUCAGUGUCAACCUUUGUUGAAAAAUGGGCUGAGCUAGACAUCCAUUGUAGAAAUAAGUGUAAAGGUAAGGAUCGGGAAUACACCCAUCUGUUAAAACUAGAAUGUCCACAGUGCUGUGUCAGAUUGUUCUGAUUUGGAAAUUUGACUUGUGCUUGUGCCAGUGCGAAAUUGGUCAAGCGUUAAUUAGUCACAAAACUGAUCAUGACAAAAAUUAAAAAAAAAAAAAAGACAAAUUAAAAAAAAACAGUUUGAUGUAAUACAUUUACUGCAUUUCUGUCAAAAAAAAAACACAUUCAAAUGGAGACUAUGUGGUCUAUACUGUUGAUAUUAAGUACAUGUACCAAGUAUUAUAAUAGGCCAGAGGCACAUAACAAAUUGUUAUACACACUGCUUGAAUCCUCGAGAAUUUCAAACACAACUGAUCCUUAUGAAUAAGAAAUUAGUUGAAACACAUUUCUGAAAGAAAAUCGUAUUUCAACCUUUAGCCUGCUGGCGGCAUUUGUAUCUGCCUUUGCGACCAGUGCAGACCAAGAUCAGCCUGCACAUCCGUGCAGGCUGAUCAUGGUCUGCACUGUUCGCUAUUCAGUCAGUAAAUUUUCAGUGAACACCCCUUUGAAUAAUAAAUGGUAUUGCCCAGAUUGAAUGAUGGACCAGUCCAUUUAAGAAAUUUAGCAGGCUAAGGGUUAAAUAAUGUAAUGAACUUGAAAUGAAUAUAAGAAUAUUUUUGAAAAACGAUGCAUUUUGAAAGUAACAUUUACUAUAAAAUGAAUAAAAUGCUUUUGGAGACAGGGAGGGGAUAGGAUGACGUUAGCCGUAGGGAAGGAGUGGGGGCAGGUCAGCUUUUCAUAGUGAUAUUUUAGAAUUAAUCAUGUCAGAAAAUGUUUAAGCUAUUAUUCUGCAAUUAAUAUGUCACAGUGAUGAAAUUCUAUUGUUGUGAAUUAUAUGUUGUCUGUAUGUUUUGUUUUUGAUCAGUUGAUGGUUCUCUCUGAAGUGGGGCUUUCCUUUCCUCUAAAAACUGGAAAGUUCCCAACAUUACCUAAUUCGUGUCAGUGAUACUUAAAACAAAGGGAAAUAACAUUUAAACAAUUGUUCAAAAUGUGUGGCAUGACACAUGGACGUUCACUUUAUUUAUGAAAUGAAGUAGAAAUCUGCAAUCUAUUAAAAGUGUUUCUGAUAUUAUUAUGUAUGCUGUGCUACAUUUUGUAUAACUAUCACUUUUUGCAUAAGACAUAUGAAAGUUAAUGACUUUAAUAAUUCUUGUGAAUGAAUUUGUUGUAGACUUCAUUUUAAUAGAAAAAUUGUCAUGUUUUAUGUAUCAUAAUUGAAAUUUGUACAAAAGUCCAUAGAUUGUAAAUAAAAUAUUUUGUAAAUAUAG